UAAUGUUUUGAGAAACUGUCAAGUUAGCUGGGGUUGUAACCCCUGACAUGUACACGUGUUGAAGCUAUGCUUUACAUUUGAAGCUCGUCAGACAGUAGAAACCGGCAUACUGUCAGCAACUGUAAAAACCCGAGAGGAAUGUUUGCAUUCGUGGAGAACUUCGUGGAUGCCUGGUCGCUUUUAAAGGAGACAAUAUGAGUGGUCAAAGUCCUGCGUCUUCUGUCAAUGGAGGCAUUACUCCACUUCAGCAGAUGGUGGCGUCCUGCUCCGGAGCCAUCCUCACAUCUUUGUUUGUUACUCCUUUGGACGUUGUGAAGAUCAGACUACAGGCACAGAAAAAUCCCUUCCCUAAAGGGAAAUGCUUUGUCUAUUGCAAUGGACUUAUGGACCACAUAUGUGUGUGUGAAAACGGCAACUCCAAGGCCUGGUAUAAAGCACCAGGCCACUUCAAUGGCACACUAGAUGCCUUUGUCAAGAUAGUUCGUCAUGAAGGCAUAAAGUCAUUAUGGAGUGGUUUACCUCCGACCCUUGUGAUGGCGGUCCCAGCGACAGUGAUCUACUUCACAUGCUACGACCAGCUGUGUGCAGCUCUGAGGCUCAGGAUGGGAGACUAUGCUCAGGAGGCUCCUCUCGUAGCUGGAGCUGUUGCUAGAGUGGGUUCAGCAACGGUGAUCAGCCCCUUAGAGCUAAUUCGCACCAAGCUGCAGUCUCAGAAACAGUCGUACAGGGAGCUGAUCGUCUGCAUCCGCUCAGCUGUGGAGACAGAAGGCUGGCUGUCGUUGUGGCGAGGUCUUGGGCCCACGUUGCUGAGAGAUGUGCCAUUCUCAGCCAUGUACUGGUACAACUAUGAGAAGACCAAGGGCAGGCUGUGUGAGAGGUACAACACCAAAGAGCCCACGUUUACCAUUACCUUCAUAUCUGGAGCGGUGUCUGGCUCUAUUGCUUCUCUCGUAACGUUGCCUUUUGAUGUGGUCAAAACGAGAAGACAGGUGGAGCUGGGAGAGCUACAAGCCAAGAACUUGUCUCCUGAGGUGUCCACCUACACCUUCAGUGUGAUGAGCAGGAUUGUGGCCCAGGACGGUAUCACUGGACUCUUUGCAGGUCUCCUCCCCAGGCUGAUCAAAGUGGCUCCGGCCUGCGCCAUCAUGAUCAGCACGUAUGAGUUUGGAAAAGCCUUCUUUCACAAGCACAACCAGGAGAGGACACUCAGGCCGCUGCAGACAAGCAACACUUGAUUGUCCUCAGGUCACAGCUCUCCAGAUCAAACAUCACUACGACUACUGCUCAAUUACACCAGGAGAGGGAUGCCAAGUGAAAGCAGAAACAGGAGAUAUCAAAACAAAGAACUGCUUGAUGUAUUCCUGCAUACCAGAUUUAACAGAUGAUCAAAAAGGAUAAGAAAAGAUUAGUUUUUAUAAUUUAAUAUUCUUAUGGUCUGAUAUUCCUACAGAGUCAGUGCACAGUUGAAAAGAAAUAUUUUUGUCUGUGUUUAAAUCAUACUUUAUGCAUACAACAACCAGUAGAUGGCAGCCAUGUAUUCAUGUAGUUUUCUUCACAUUGAUCAUGUGCAUUGUGCCUGAAGUCCUUACAUCACAUAUGUAAGAUCAGUCUCUACUUGCUCUCCUGUAUGGGGCUCUCUCUGACCGCUCCCUCAUUUCCCAGUACAGAGUGAACUUUGUCUGACACAAGCCCACUGCUAUGGGAAGUACAUGCAGAUGGAGGUAUAAACACAGCAGCAUGCUUUGGGACAAACUCUCCUCACUUACACAGAAACUAGAAUUUUAUGCCACUCAAAUCACUACAUAAAUCCUGUUAGGCAUGUUACAAUCACUCCAUAGAAUGAGGAAAAAAAACGUUCAUGUUCAAGAUAAUUUCUUCCCCCCUUAUUGUUAAAGUUUGACGUUUAUAGGAUGCUAGGCUUUUGCAAAUCCACUUCACUGUCCAAUAAACACAUGUACGGUGUUCAGUACUGAACAAUCAUCAAUAAGAUCCUGACUGUAAAAAUUCAGGAUCUAAUUGAUAGUUAACAUGUUGAUUUUUACAUGUGUGUGACUUAUUAGCUUCAUUGGAGGAACUUAAGUUUUUGUGAGUGAUGACAGAAAUUUUAUGUACAGAGCAUCCCUCAUGACAAGCAAUGAAAGGCAUUUUCACCAGUUAAGCAUCGUUUAACAAUCUGACUCCACACUUAAUGGGGUUUGCCAUGCUAAAACUCAAGGCAUGUAUUUGCCUUUUUUCUAUUCAGAAUAUCUUUUAAGACUUAAUUUAAGCUAGAUUCAUGUAUCAAGUCAAGAUAAAAAUUCUAUUUCAAGAUAUGAAAAGGAAAAAAUGAGGUCUUUAAGAAAACCUGCCAAUGGCGCAGACACAAUGUUUUAAAAUUAGAUGAACAUUAACUAAAAGAAACUCAAAAAAGUAUGUAUUUUAUGCACAAAUGGCAGAAUCGUGUCUUAUUGCUUGUAAUGCUGGCCUUAUUUUAUCUUUGAUUUGUUGAAAUAAAAUUGUAUCUUUUUUUUUGUAAAUCUAGGAAAACUUGAUAAGUUUGAAUAUGUGCAGUGCGAAUGUAAUUAAUUGAUUGAUAGUGACAGCUUCUUAGUUACACAGCAAGAUAAGUCUGUGAACUUAAAAUACCCAUCCAAUAGUAGCUAUGAUCAUGUAAUGCUGAAGUGCUUUGGUUUGAGGACACUGUCGCCACCACGGAGAAGAGAAGUAUGACUAUCGCUUCAAUGACUUCCUGAUACUAUGAUUUAAGUUUUUGCGGUGCAAACCCUUGACGUGAGCUUGCAAACAUAUGGAAAUGUGUAGGGACCAGUAAGAGACAGACCCUGUGAGCGAGUGUGUGUGAGGAGACAAAGGAUUUCUUUUUUUCCACUUCCUCUCCCAUGUAACACAUGAAGUUGUGAUUUAAAAAAAACAAAACGCACUAAAGCUAAUGUGCCAAAACAGUGUGAGUUUGAAGCUAUUAGGCUUUUUUUCAGUAUGACAAGAAACUGUGACACUUGUAAACACAAAUGUUAAAAUAUUUUCCUGA